UUAAGCGCCGCCGCGGUGCCCGGCUCUCCCGGCGCCAUGAGCUGCAGCGCGGGGCCGGCGGCGAGGGCCGCUUCCUCCUCCUGCCGCCGGCCGCCCCCGGCCGAGGCGCCGGAGCCGCGGCGGGCGAGCGAGAGGGAGCAGCUGCGCGGCCUGAACGAGCGCUUCGCCGGGUACAUCGAGCGCGUGCGGGCGCUGGAGGAACGCAACCGAGCGCUGUCGGCGGAGCUGUCGGCGCUGCGGCGGCGCUCGGACGAGCCGCGGCGGCUGCGGCAGCUGCUGGGCUCGGAGCUGCGCGCCCUGCGCGCCCGGCUGGAGGAGGCGCACGGGGAGCGGGCGCAGGCUGCGCGGGAGCGGGCGCGCCUGGCCGAGGAGACGCGGCGGCUGCGGGCGCGCUGCGAGGAGCAGGCGCGGGGCCGCGCGCAGGCGGAGCGGGCGCUGCGCUCCCGGCAGGAGGCGGCGGACGGAGCCGCCCGGGCCCGCGCCGAGCUGGAGCGGCGGGCGGCCGCGCUGCGGGACGAGCUGGCGGAGCUGCGCGGAGCCCACGCCGAGCGCCUGGCGCUGCUGGGCGCCUCCGCCGCUCCCGCUGCGGCCCCGCCGCCCCCCGCGCCGCGCCCCGACUUAGCGGCGGCGCUGCGGGAGCUGCGCGCGCAGUACGAGGCGCUGGCGGCGCGCAACCUGCAGGCGGCCGAGGGCUGGUACCGCGACCGCUGUGCCCGCAUGCAGGACCGGGCGGCCCGCAGCCAGCAGGCCGUGCGGGACAGCCAGCGAGAGGCCGGCGAGUGCCGCCGGCAGCUGCGGGAGCGCCUGGCCGAGAUGGAGAGCCUGCGUGGCGCCCACCAGGCCCUGGAGAGGCGGCUGCGGGAGCUGGAGGAGCGGCACAGCGCCGAGGCAGCCGGCCUGCAGGACACCAUCGGGCAACUGGAGGACGACCUGAGAAACACCAAAAACGAGAUGGCUCGGCACUUGAGGGAGUACCAAGACCUGCUUAACAUCAAGAUGGCACUUGAUAUCGAGAUAGCUGCCUACAGGAAGCUGCUGGAGGGAGAGGAGACCUUCUUUGGCAUGGGAAGCUCCAGCCUUUCACCACUCAAUCCCCUCCCCAACCCCGCUUACUCCUUCCAGCCAAGAGGUUUUAGUUCCUCUACUUUGUCCUUCAAGAAGGAGGAGCAAGGAGAGGUUAUUAAAGUGACAUCUAAAAUAUCAUCCAGCCGGGCUGAGACGAUUAAGGGGAACAUAACCUCUGCCAAGAAAAGAGGGAGAUUAAACCUACAUGAAGGAAUCAUUGUGAAUGCAAAAAUGUAACUGUAAGGAGCCCGUCAAUUUUGCAUUUGAGGGGGAACAGUCUCCACUCGGCCUUUAAAUUGCCCCUCUGGGCAUGAAACUGCACUGGGCUUGCAGGAAGCCCCUGUUAGAAACACGUAAUGCCCCGGGGACACCAACCUGAGGCCACUUCCUCAGGGUCCUGCAAUGCAGAGGCCGAGCUUGGCACAUUGCUCCCUUUUAAAUGGGGCAGAGGCACGGGCAGGUAGCUAGAUGCAUGUUGGUCAUUGUUGUGGUGGCACAGUGGACUCGUAGCACCCAGCAUCCCUCCUUCCCUCCUCCUGCAGUGGGUAAGGGGGGCUGUCUGGGACCACGGCUCAGCUGGCUCUCCAGAGAAGGGGGUGAGGGAAACAAGACAUAGUUUCAAGGCUACAGACCUUCAUCUACUGUCCAAAUCCACGUAUAGGUAAACUCUUCCCCACUCCUCAAGCUGUAGCCAUCUACUUCUAAUUCCAGCAGCACAGAAAUAGCCAUACUGGACUGUAACCACACCUGACAUCUAGUCUAUGAGCCACUUGCGUUUUAAACUAUAAGGAAUGUUCUUUUUAUUUGGUCCUCACAACUCUUAUCUGGGUUUUGGCAGUGUUAGUCCUGCCAGGCAUGCAGGGUUUGCUAGCAGCAGGCAUACAGGGAUCUGGUGCAUCGGAGGUGAAGGCACCACCACGCCACAGGCACAACAGCUCAUCUGGUGUCACUGGCUCUGAAAUAUUGGGGUCUACAGGGUUCCUUGUUUGGCUGCACAAUCGUCACAGGAAAACCCCACGCUCACAUUAGCAUCAUGCCCCAGCCGGCACUGGGAAGCCGCAGGACGUCUGAACACCAGCCUGCAAAGCAUCCUCGUCUCCGCUCACUCUUCCAACGUGUGCCAAAUUUUAUAUAGGAUUUACAACCAUAGGUUUCCUUAAAUGCCUUAAAAUUGCCAGCAAUCGCUUUUGCAAGAGCCGGAGACCCUGCGUGUGCGUGUGUUGUGUGUCAGUGCCCUGGCAAGGUUAUCAUCACGAGACCUUACUGCCCUCGCAGUGGUGCCAAAGUAGUUCCUGGAACCAGCAAGUCGUUUGCUCGCAGUCUUUCCUCUUCUGUUGUAAGGCACAAGUUAAUAAUU